GUUUAGCUCUAGGGUUUAAUCCACUGGCGUAAAUUUGCCUUUAAAGCAUUUACGUUGCAAGUUGUGGGACUCAUUUCUAGUUCGUAUGCCGUUGGUGUAAAUUGGCUCAAACCCAAACAUAAUCAGGUGGUGCUCAAUGUUACAGAAAUAGAGUGGUAUUAUAAUGACCAGCAGAGGACGAACACGAACAUGGAUUCCAAUCGUGCUCACGAGUCUAUAGGCUAGUCAAGACGCAACUAAUGCCUUGAUUGGAUUUACACACUUUGUAUCAAGACCUCCCAGCUGCGACACCAUUGCCAGUAUGUUGUCUGAAACAAACAUUGGUGAUUACGAGAUCAUCAAAGGGGGGGUUCUUGGCACUGGAGCCUUUGCCACAGUGUGGAAAGGGCGAGCUAAAAAAAAUCAUGAUCAGCUGGUGGCCAUAAAAGCCAUCAAGAAGAAAAACUUUCUAAAGUCUCAGCAGCUGCUCAGCAAGGAAAUCACUAUCCUAAAGGAGUUAUCCAGUCUUCACCACCAGAACGUUGUUGGUCUAUUAGACUGUGUGGUGAGGCCAUGAAAGCCCUACAGCAGAAGGGCAUUGUGCACAGAGAUCUCAAGCCCCAGAACAUCUUGCUGUGCUAUGAGGGAACCAAGUACCCACACCCUUCCAAGCUUCUGCUCAAAAUAGCUGACUUUGGGUUUGCUCGGUUCAUCAGUGGGGAAGACAUGGCCACCACUUUAUGUGGGUCCCCCAUGUACAUGGCGCCCGAGGUGAUCAUGUCAGUCAAGUACACAGCCAAGGCUGACCUGUGGAGCAUUGGGACCAUCCUAUACCAGUGUCUGACCGGCCGCGCACCCUUCCAGGCCCAGAACCCACAGGAACUCAAGAAGAAAUACGAGAAAACUCCAGGACUGAAGCCCAACAUCCCAUCAAGCACGUCUCCCGAACUUAGGGACCUGCUCAUGAGAAUGUUGAAGCGAGAUGCAGAAGAGAGGAUAGGAUUUGAGGAGUUCUUCAAUCAUCCCUUCUUGAAAUUGUCCACUGGCCCAAAAGUGUCUCAGCCAGUGUCUGUGCCGCGCCGACGAUCCAGCUCUUCCUCCGAGUCCUCUACCCCGGGAAAAUCCCCAGGCAGAAACUCUCCCUCAUCGCGCUGCAGCAAACGCACGUGCUCCCCCGCCCCUCCUCCCCCUCCUGUCUCCUCAAAGGUGACAGCUGAACACAAAGAGGAAGAUAUGGUGACCACUCUCACAGAGGCUGCUGGCUUCACAAAGGUGGAGAAGGAAGAAGUUCGCACAGGCAGAUCUACACCAGAGGAUUUUGUCAUGGUUCCUGAGGCAUUGUGUAUAGAAUCAGAUGGUGAAGAAAGCGUCAGUGUGAGGAAAGCUCCUUUGGCUGAGGCAGAAAUGUCUUUCAGCUCCUCCACCCACCGCUCCCCCAAGUCUAUACGCAUCCAAGGCAAGGAGGCGGUGACCUUCUCUAAGGAGAAAGACGAGAAGGAGAAAGAGAGCUUGCCCUCCAGCCCGAGCAGGCCUGUCACGUUGCCCAUGGCAACGCCCAAAACUUCUGAGCCCAUCACCGUCCCAUCGGAGAUGAAAGGAACAGGGGAGGGGAGUGACACUUGUGUGGCGGAUGGGGCCAACUCGGGUGUGAAGAGGAAAAUCAAAUCUCCCGAUGUGCGAAUGCAGGAGAAGGAGAACCAGGACCGGACUGUGGCCAGGAGAAACUCGGAGGCUCGACAGAGCGGUCUGGACACUGUCAAUGCUGGCUCCUUCUCUCCACCUGCUGUCCAGUUUUGUGUGGGCACUCCGCCUGGUGGGGGCACAGGGCCGUCGUGGAAACGCUCGAGUGUGGUUACCCCCCCUCCCUACAGCACCGGGAACCUGACAGGAUCACCUCACCGGAGAGGAUCGGUCACCUCCCCCCUCUUCAACCCGCUCCAACUGUCCAACCCGUCCCUGAUCCAGCCGCCGGGCUCCCUCCCCACAAUCCUCGGCUCUCCCAACAAGAUGCCCGCCAUGUUCCACCUGGGCUCCUCGCCCCACGACAACAGCCCGGAACCGAUCCAUGCGCCCUUCGCCGCGGCGUGCAUGCAGCAGCAGCAGGGUACAACUACUUCCUCUUCCAGCAUCUCCUCGGCGGUGGUUGCGGGCAGCGCCCCCUAUCACACUUCAAAUACAGUGCCGGAUAACUUGGUGGCUAUGGCGCGGCAGAGAGAUGCCCUGAAUGAGAUCCAGCCCAUGGAUUACCACCGUGUGAGCACAGACUCCAGCCUACUCUCGCACCAACUGCACAACCAGAACAGACAAGGCAUGUACCUAACUCGCGUUGGGUUUGCCGCAGGUCCCGUUGUGUCAUACGGCAGCCGGGAGCGUGUGUCCUCCGUCAGCAGCGACAAGGACAGGUUUGGAUCCUCCCUGGAGCAGGACCGCAGCCCCUCGUUUGUCCGGAGGAACAGCGGCAUCGACAUGUCCCCACCCCAGCACCUGCUGGUGACCCACUCCCCACCGCGCGGCCCGCCGCCUCAUCACCACCAGCACCAGCAGACCACGACGACCGCCCCGCUACGGUUUGUGCCGCAGCCACUGUCAGAGGAGACUCUGAUGGAUGACAACCACAAUGAGACGUUGGGCAAGCUCUCCUUUGUCCUUGACCUAGUGGAGUGUAUCUUGGACCUGGCACGGAGCCUCGGUAGCGCCUUCAGAAGUCUGGACCCAUCAGAGGCUAAGAAGGUGGAGCAGCUGUCCCCAGAACACUACAGCCAGUACCGGUCGUCUCAGCGCAGCCUCGAACAGCUAGUCCUCUACGCACGCGCCUGUCACCUACUCAACUCCGCACUGCACAUGGCUCGCGACGAGAUCAGGAACGACAGACUGCAGCAGUCGACGAAUCUGCGGAACGUGCUGGGUGAGAUGAACACAUACUACCACCACGUGGUGGACCGCUGCAAGAGUAUCCACAAGGAGUUCUCUCAGAACUGCAAGACGCCGCUCACACAGAAGCUAGUCAUGGCCACCGCUGAUAAGCUCAUCUACAACCAGGCGAUUCAGAUGUGUCAGGCGGCAGCUCUAGAUGAGUUCUCACAGACACCAUCGACGGACAGCAUGGCAGAGAUUGUACGUCGCUACCAAGUGGCUCAGAUUUUGCUGCACAGUUUGGCACAGACGGCCCGGAAUGAAAAUGACAAGCAUAUGCUGGUCAAAUAUCGUAAGUCUGUGGAGAGCCGCCUGUCUGUGCUGACAAGGGAGGGAAGUCACUUUGACCGACACAGCAUGUCUCAAUACCAGCAAACUGUGGACAACCAGCGCUUCCAAAUGCACUCAUAGCACGCUCCGCACCCACUGGAUAUUCAGACUUGGUGUGUGUGUGUGUGUGUGUGGGUCUGUGUGUGUGGGUGUUCUCACUCAUGUGUUUGUGAGUGUGUUCCCCAUCGGUGGUAGGGGACGGAGUCUUGCUGAAAUGCUCCUCUCCUCUCAGCUACCACCAGCGGGGACAAAAGAUGAUAAUUUCUUGGAGAUGUGUAGCAAGGCUGUUGAGCGUACUGGAUGCGUAGAGUGUUUUUCCGACUGCUAUACACUAUGCUGCUACGAAGUCAUGACUCGUUUCUGGUCAGUUAUUACAAAUGGUGCAUUCGUUGUACACAAGAGAAGUCUGGUAUGGAAAUUGAUGUGAAGUGUUGAUGACUGACGUACUGAACGGACUGAGGUUGUGGAUUGAAAGACUUUGUGAAGGUUGCUACUGUAAAUAUUCACAUGUUUCUUUGUUCAACGUGGUUCAAGUAUGUGGUGACAUUACAAGACGUGCAGAAUGGGAAAAUGUGUCGUGACGUAACAGACAAAAUAUUCUAAAUGAAAUACAGUGGGGGUAUUUGCCUGAAGAGCAUUUAACGAGGCAUUGUUAUUUUUAUAGAACUCGCUGUUCUGUCUGUAUUUCCCUUCUCCAAAAAGUAUUGUUCUCUGUCUCAUUCAUGUAUGAAGUCAACGUUGCUGCCCGCUGCAUUCUCAUUAUGUUUUCUGCGAGAUGGAAAGAGACUGAGGCGAGUUAAGAUACUGGAGUGUGAACUCCAAAGGACGGAGGUUUAAAUUUAAAAAAAAAGCACAAUUCAUCUUAUGGGAUCCGGUUAGCCUGUUGGUCUCUGUGAUUUCUGGAUUUGCUCUGAACUCUGUGUGGAACUGUGUCUUUCGGUUUCCAUAGAUGGAACAUUAAAUAAAACCAGAGAGGGUUCUUUUAAAAAAAACAAGCAAACCCCAAAACCCAAUCAAUCAAAAUGACCUGUGCUCUUGAAUUUUUUUUUUUUCUGUUCGGGUUUCCCAAUCCCAACUGCUCACUUUCACAAAGAUGUCUUCACUCCAACAGCUGUUUUUGUACUUCAUAUGCCUUACACAAGGAUAUCUGUCAAGACUUCUCAAAGAACUACUUUAAGACUUCAAGUAAGUGACUUCUUCGCCUGAAACGACAAAAA